GUCUCUCCAGCCGGGCAGGCAGCAGCAGCGCUCAACUGGCUCUGAUGUGAGGGCUGGAGCGGCUGCGCAGACGGAGCUCCGUAGCCAGAGCCGGUGGGAUCGAGCCCCUUCCUCUGCGAUGCGCUCCGAGGGGCGACGAUUCGGUAAAGGACACAGCCAGGUCCGCAGACCUCUUCGGAGAACAUGGCGCGGCCGCUGCAGUGGGCCAGAUGUCGCUGGCGCCGCCUGACUUCUGCAAAAGGCAGAGAGGAUGGCAGUCCCAAAAGAGAUCCCUCCACUCCGGGAUGCGAUGGGCAGCCAUCCAAGACUGCCAGCAAGCACAGAAUAGUUAUACCGUGCCUGGAGCGUUUUAAAGACGAAUAUGAAAAAGUCUCAAAGCAUUAUGUGAACAACACAUUGCGGACUACCAAGUACACAUUGUGGUCUUUCAUACCAAAGAACUUAUUUGAACAGUUUCACAGAGUUGCCAAUUUAUAUUUCUUAUUUAUUGUUGUGCUAAACUGGAUUCCAGUGGUUGAAGCCUUUCAGAAGGAAAUCACAAUGAUACCUCUCUUGGUGGUUCUCUACAUCAUUGCAGUGAAAGAUGGUAUAGAGGAUUACGGAAAGUACAAGUUAGACAAAAAACUCAACCACUCAUUAACGCAAGUCUACAAUAGAGAGGAUGAAGAAUACGUAGACAAAUUCUGGAAACAUGUUACUGUUGGAGACUUUAUCCGAUUGUCAUGUAAUGAGGAAGUCCCUGCUGACAUGGUUUUGCUAUAUUCCACGGAUGCAGAUGGAAUUUGUUACAUUGAAACAUCCAGCCUUGAUGGAGAGACCAACUUGAAACAGAGGCAGGUGGUGAAAGGAUUUGAAGAUCAGGUGUCUGAAAUUGAUCCAGAAGACUUCUCAAGUAAAAUAGAAUGUGAGCGCCCUAACAAUGAUCUCAACAGCUUCCGGGGCUUUAUCGAGCAUUCGAAUCAAGAGCGCGUGGGCCUGAGUAAGGAGAACUUACUCCUACGAGGAUGCACUAUCAGAAACACAGAAGCCGUUGUUGGCAUUGUGGUAUAUGCAGGUCAUGAUACCAAAGCGAUGCUGAACAACUCAGGGCCACGUCACAAGCGAAGCAAACUCGAGAAGAGGGUGAAUGACCAUAUCUUGUGGUGUGUCUUUCUUCUGUUAUUGAUGUGCUCUGUAGGGGCUGUGGGUUAUGGGACUUGGCUGAGUAGAUAUCCAGAGCCCCCUAUUUAUCUUUCAAUCCCCGAUGGAAGCGGGGUUGUCAGUCCAGCACUGGAAGCAUUCUAUUUGUUUUGGAGGAUGAUAAUUUUAUUACAGGUCUUGAUCCCCGUUUCUCUUUACGUUUCUAUCGAACUCGUGAAAUUGGGGCAAAUCUAUUUAAUUCGGAAUGACAUAGAUUUGUACCAUGAAAAAACAGAAACUACAAUCCAGUGCGGAGCGCUGAAUAUCGCUGAAGACCUUGGGCAGAUCGAGUAUCUGUUCACAGAUAAACUGGAGGCGACUCCAAUGAGAGAACAAAAAUGGUUUUCCUCGAGAUGCACUAUAGCAGGUGUUGAAUACGGACAUGAAGAAAACGCUAAGAGGCUAGAGUUAUAUCAAGAUGUUGAAUCGGAUGAGGAGGACUUGAUGUUUUCUACCCAUAGUUUGAGAAAUGUGUCAAGAGUGAAGAUGUCUCACACGGGUAGAUAUCUGAGCAGCAAGUCUUUGCAUCGUGCGCGUGCAAGCAGCUUUGCCGUGGGAUCGCACCAUAUGAGGCAAUUGGCCUUCAGCAGCCCCAUUGAGACUGAUGUUGUCCCAGACAUACUGCUUCUGCAGAAAUUCAGUCGAAUCUCUCAGCGUAUCUAUACACACUCUUCAAUGGACCAUGUGACUUCAGAGGCAGUACACAUUUCUGAAUUUUUCAUUGCUCUGGCAAUUUGCAACACGGUUGUCGUUUCAGCACCUAAUCAACCGAGUCAAAAGAGGCACUGGCCUUCACUAGCUCAAAUGCCUGUGGUCCCUCUGAGUGAAUUUAGAAAGAUCUUAGACAAGUUUUCUGUCCGGAGACUAAGCUGCUCACCCGCACCAAGUACGGGUUUGAGAGUUACACGGUCUGAGAGCCCCAGGAUACAACUAGAGACGGAGACGGAGACGGAGAUGGAUACUCCCAGUGCAAAUGAUCAAUCUCCUUCACUUGAUAUGCCAGACGCUAUGGAGCUCGUAAGCCCUUCUAUAACAAUGCGAAGAGAAGCCCUUGAUGUAGUUCCUUGCAGCCAUCAUGGCUCCUUCUCUGAAACUCAACUGUGCUACGAGGCAGAGAGUCCUGACGAAUCAGCCCUGGUUCAUGCUGCCAGAGCCUACUCAUGCACUUUGCUGUCUAGGAGCCCUGAUCAGGUUACAAUAGACUUCUCACCGCUGGGACCUUUAACGUUCCAGUUGUUGCACAUCCUUCCUUUUGACUCCACUCGGAAACGAAUGUCUGUCGUGGUUAGGCACCCCAUCUUGAAAAAAGUUGUAGUGUACACAAAGGGGGCGGACUCCGUCAUGAUGGAUUUGCUGCAGUCAGAACCCACAGGUAUUAAAAAGGUAGAUUUGCAAAGAAAGAGAUUUAAGGAAAGAACACAGAGAUACUUAGAUGAGUACGCCACAAAAGGACUGCGCACUCUCUGUAUAGCUACAAAGGUAAUGGAUGACAGUGAGUACGAGGAAUGGUUAAAGGAGCAUUUUAUGGCCGAAAGUGAUAUAGAUUGCAGGGAGGAACUGCUUCUUCAAUCUGCCUCGAGGCUUGAGAACAAUUUAACUUUGCUUGGUGCCACUGGAGUUGAAGAUCGCUUGCAAGAGUGUGUCCCAGAAACUAUAGCAUCCCUCAGAAGAGCUGGGAUUACCAUCUGGAUGCUGACUGGCGAUAAACACGAGACUGCAGUGAACAUAGCACAUUCCUGUAGAUUGCUGGAAUCAACUGACAAACUCUUCACUCUCAAGUCUUCUGGUCAGGAAGACUGUGAACAGCAGAUAGACAAUAUCUUAGAAGAAAUAAGGAUCGGUGUCGAAUCCAAGAAAAGCUGCACCACAAGCCUUUUGAAAGCCCCCAGAGAUUCAGCAUCCAGCGUCCCCCAAAUCAGUGUGGGCCUGAUUAUAGAUGGACCAACUUUAGCCUUUGCCUUGCACGAGACUGCACAGAGCAGAUUCCUGCAGCUCACAACACAGGUGCGAGCUGUCAUCUGCUGCAGAGCGACACCCCUGCAGAAGAGCCAGUUGGUGAAACUGGUAAGAAAGGAGCUGAAGGUCAUGACUCUGGCUAUAGGGGAUGGUGCCAAUGACGUCAGCAUGAUCCAAGUUGCUGAUGUGGGAAUUGGAAUUUCUGGCCAAGAAGGCAUGCAGGUAGGAAGGGCUGAUGGAAUUUCAGGUGGAUCAUUCGGGGGUGGCCAUUACUGCCAGCCAAAACAGGUGGACAUUGCAGUGCACCCCACGCCAGUGCUUCUGGGUAAUGUCGGCUCGAACCCCUCUGACUAUGCUGGCAUUGAAGGAAAGUGA